UGGUCAGGCUGGUUUUAGCUGGUCAUUUUUCAGCCUGACCAGCAAAGUCCAGGCUGUAAAUGGCUGAAAAUCAGCCUGGAGAUGGUCAAAACCCUUCUAAAAUCAGGCUGGUCGACCAGCUGAAAGCAGCCUACGGGUUUAGACUGGUUUAAGCUGUUUUUUCAGUAGAGAAAUAUAAGCUUUUAAAUCAUAAAAUCCGUCAGCGUUGCGCUUUUAUUCUGCAACAUCACCUGCUUCCGCUAUUCGAGGAAUGUUCAUCCGGUAAAGGCUAGUCUUCAUCUCCGCCUUCACGCUGCUCUUGUUAUGGUGCGGGAAACACCUUCCACCUGUCCGGACUCUCUCUGACAGCAAACCCCAAUUAAACCUGCAUUACCUGAGGAUCAAGAUGGAGAUACAGGAGCAGGAGGAUGGAGAGCGCAGAUGGGAGCUCUGGAAGCUUCUGUAUAAUCUGAAGACGACGGUCGAAGGCUUGCUGUCCACCAAUAACCCCAACGUGUGGUCCCGGUAUGGAGGUCUUCAGCGCCUGCACAAGGACAUGAACAACAUCCUGGGCCACGGACUCAAACACGAACAGAUUUACUAUAAACAAAAGGACUACUGGCGAUUCGUCUGGUGUGUGCGGUAUCUCUGUCCUCAUCUGGCCCGUCACGUAGAGCAGUUCAGCCAGCUGGAGCCGGUGCUGAGCAGCAGUGUCCAGAGCUUCGGCGAGGGUUAUAAAGCUGAACGCUGGCUUCUGCACAGUUUACAAGCUCACGUCUUAUCAGCGCAGCUCAAACCUCUGCUGCAACACAAGAUGAACACGCAGAAGUAUUACAACGAUGGAGCGUUUCUGCUGAGCGAGCCACACGUGUCUGCAAUGUUCCAGUGUCUGGAGGCCGUGGAGCAGAAUAAUCCUCGAAUGCUGGCUCUCAUCGACACCGUCAGGCUUUCACAUUUGAAGGAGUCUCCGCUGGGCCUGAUGAAGAGUCAGAGUUUGUGUCUGCUGCCUGGAGCUCCAGGACACUGCAGGCCGGCGGACGCCUCACAGUCGCACAGGCUCACCACGUCCCAGAGCUGCCUUACAGAGAUUUCCAACAGCCCGCAGUCCAAGAGCAGCUCAGAUGUCGCUCCGUCCAGCAGUGCUCAGGGUAGAGGAAACCAGGUCGCUGGAAUCUCCUUUACAGAACCUGUUCUUCCUGAGAGCCGGGAUUUUGGGGACGGGGAUCUGGAUGACGGACCAGAGUAUCUGGCUAUUGGGAACUUGGGGAAGCAGAAGCGGCGGGACUCGUCCAGCUCCGUUCAUAGCAGUGAACACAUGGGGACUCGGGGCGACGCCCAUACGCCGUUGGCUCCACCUCCACAGCGACGAUGCUCUUUCUCAGAGGCUCAGAAAGCCACAGGGCGGAGCUCAAGAGGACACAUCCGCUCCCUUUCCGACACCGGAGUCACGCAGAAGCAGAAAAAUGGAGGGGGUCACAGGAAAAUCACCAUUAUUAUCGAGGACCCCGUUGCAGAAUCUGUCGCAGCUACGGCGUGUUCGAAGAGCUGUGGUCCAUUUUCACCGCAGAGCAGCGACAGCAGCGCCAACAGUUCUCUUUAUAUGGAGUCCAAUGGCUCUCAGUACACCAGCGUCCCGGACGGGUUAUUUCGCAGGCCAUCUGAGGGUCAGAGUCUGAUCAGCUACCUCUCGGAGCAGGACUUCGGCAGCUGCGCUGAUCUGGAAAAGGAGAACGCUCACUUCAGCAUCUCGGAGUCUCUGAUCGCCGCCAUCGAGCUGAUGAAGUGCAACAUGCGCCGGCCAGCGGAGGAGGCGGAAGAAGAAGGCGACAGCGACUCUGAAAUCCAGCAGCUCAAGCAGAAGAUCCGGCUGCGCAGACUGCAGAUACGACGCACACGACUCAAACCAGCAGCCGCCGCCUCCAGUAAUCAAGUCCAAUCUGUGGACAGUGGCGGCUCUCAAAGGAGCUCCCAGGAUUCCUUUCACCCGUCAGACUCGGGCUCUGAUAGAGAAGUGGAGGACAUCGAGCUCAGAGAUGGCAGUGAUGGUCAGUCCCUGCUGGCGGUGUCCCAGAGCGGCCUCUCGCUGUCUCUCGCCUCGCUCUUCUCAGAUGCAGAUAUUAAGCGCAGUGCGUCCAGCAGCAGAUCCUUCCUCAGCUCUGAGUCCAUCUCUCCGUCCAUGCUACAAUCCAACUCUGCCGAAUCGGUGGCGAUGGGUCUUCUUAGGCAGUUUGAGGGCAUGCAGCUGCCUGCCGCCUCUGAGCUCGACUGGCUGGUUCCAGAACAUGACGCCCCUCAAAAGCUUCUUCCCAUACCAGACUCUCUUCCAAUUUCCCCUGAUGAUGGCGAACAUGCAGACAUUUACAAAUUGCGCAUCCGAGUGCGAGGAAAUCUAGAGUGGGCUCCUCCUCGACCGCAGAUCAUCUUCAACAUUCACCCUCCACCAAAGAGGAAAGUGGUAAUCGCAAAACAGAACUACCGCUGCGCAGGCUGCGGCAUUCGCAUCGAACAAGACUACAUGAAGCGUCUGCGCUACUGUGAGUAUCUGGGCCGCUACUUCUGCCAGUGCUGUCACGAAAACGCUCAGUCGGUGAUCCCGGCCAAGAUCAUCCGCAAGUGGGACUUCAGCAAGAGCUACGUCAGCAACUUCUCCAGAGACCUGCUGGCCAAGAUCUCCGGAGACCCGCUGUUCAACCUCAGCGACAUCAACAGCGCGCUCUACAAGAAGGUCAAGGCCCUCGACACAGUGCGCGCGCUCAGAGAGCAGUUAAACCUGAUGAAGAACCUCUUGAAGACGUGUCGUCUGGCUAAAGAUGUUCUGGAAGAGUUUGACUCUCUCCUCCCGGGUCAUCUAACUGAAGACAUGCAGCUCUUCUCUCUCAGUGACCUGAAUGCCGUUCGCAGCGGCAGCUUGACUCCACAGCUGCGACACCUGCUGCGCCUCGGCUCCACACACGUCACACACUGCAUGCUCUGUCAGGCUAAGGGCUUCAUCUGUGAGUUCUGUGGAAACGACAAGGACAUCAUCUUCCCCUACGAGCUCAACAAGUGCCUGCGCUGUGAAGACUGUCAUGCCUGCUAUCAUAAGAGCUGUUUUAAGACAGGAACGCAGUGUCCUCGGUGUCUCCGCCUAACAGAGCGAAGGGAGCGAAUGGCCCGCAGGAACAUGGAGGAGCAGGAGGACGAGGCCUGCGGGACAUAGCAGAUCACCCUAGUAAGACUCCGGUUCACCCCCGUCCCAAAUAAGCUGCUCCAAAAGUCCUGCUGACUAAAGAGUUUAUCUGCAAACACUGAAGUUUGUGUUUUUAAGGAUCGAUGCCUUCAGAUAAUAACCAACUUGUUUGUCUUUUUACCGUUCUCCAUGUUUUGUUUCUUUUGCCUCCGUCCUUUAAAAUCUGAUUUGUUUUAAUCAACAGUACUUCGUCGCCAGCUUUUAUGUGUUCAUUUAUGUGUGACCGUUGUUUGUAUUUAUUCGUUUAAGCUGUUUUGUGCCUCUUGUAAUGGAAAGAGAGGGAGACGGAGAAAGGCAGCUGAACUCAUUGUUUCCAGACAGGUUGCUAGAAGUGCCGUGUUCCAGCGUAAACUGUGUUGAAGACCAAAACGAAGAAAACUACAAGCAUCAUUUGUGAAAUUUGUGCAGAAUGGAUUUCUCUAUUGUUAAGAAUUAUUAGAAAAAUUAGAUGAAUGCAACAAUAGGCCUCGAUCAAUUAAACGUAGAUUUUUUAUUAUUUUUUUGUCGUUAAUCAUCAAUGUUUGACGCACAAAUUUUUUUCAUGCAUCUCUAACUACUCAUUCUCAUUCAGUUUUCUCAUUCAUAAAACAAUUUUAGUUUUAAAAUUUAUGGAUGAGAAAAUGUAGUUUUGUACAAAAUUGAGAGGAAAACCUAUUCAAAUGUAAACAGUUCCGCAAAAAAAAUUAGUAAUCAAUAAUAUAUAUCACACUUAUGAAUGAGUGAAGUAUAUUGUAUAUUGUUUUCAACCUGAAAGUUGUUUUUUAAGACCCUAAACCUCGAUUAAGUGAACAUAGAUUUUUGUUUUUGUAAAUAACAGCAACGUUUGACGCACAAAUUGUCACAAACCGUUCUCUUUCAUUUUUCUCGUUCAUGAGUACAACCAAAACAUGUCAGAGAUGGUUAAUGUUGAAUUUUACAUGUCCGACAUCUUCAAGAAUUUGUGAACAAACAAACUGAAAAUGUGGUAAUGAACAAAUUUCGUAAUAAAAACAAAAUAUUUCAGUUAUACAAAUGAAUAACAUGAAUUUCUGAAUUGAAUCGUAUUAAUUAGAAAUAAGUAACGGAUAUAUAUAUAUAUAUUAACUAACUUAAUUCAAAUGAAUAUGAAUGUUUUAUGACCAAUUUUGCUCAGAAAUUCAUGUUAUUCAUAUAUAUAUAUAAUACACUUGUGAAUGAGAAAGAAUUUUGCACAAUGUAAAAAUGAGUUAUACAUGGAACAAUGAUAGGUUGUUUAUGGAUGAGAACGUUUGAAGAUGUGUACAAAAUUGAGAGGAAAAACUAUUCAAAUUUCACCAAUUUCCCUGUAAAUUUAGUUAUUAUUAUUAUAUAUUACUCUUUUUAUGAGAGAGUGAAUUGUAUUUCUGGUCAUUAUUUCUCAUUCUGCUCAUUUGUAAAACAUAAAACCGUUUGGUUUCGUAAAGUUUUCUACCUAAAAGUUGUUUUUUUAGUGCUUACGACCUCAAUCAAGUAAACAGAUUUUUUUUUUUUCCGUAAAUAACAUCAACGUUUGACGCACAAACUUUCUUUUCAAAAUUUCUUUCUAAACAGUUCUCAUUCCGUUUUCUCGUUCAUAAAACAACUGUAGUUACUAAAGCAAUUCAUAUAAAAAAAAAAACAUUGUUUGUAUUUGAAACCACAAAACAUGUCAGAGAUUGUGUUGUAAUCAACCUGUCAGAUGUUUAUAAACAAACAAACAAACUGAACAUGUAUUAACAAACAAAUUGAGUCAUAAAUCAUAUACUCCAGUUGUACAAAUAAACAAUAAGAAUUUAAGAACAAAAUUGUGCACUAAACAAUCAUAAUAAUUUUAAUUGCCUUAGUAACGGAAUGUGUGUGUGUGUGUAUGAAAUAUAUAUAUAUAUAUAUAUAAAACGUUUUUAGAAAGUUCAUAAUGUGUAAAACGUUCAUAUCAAUAUUUUCGUACAAGUAGCGAAAAUGAUGCGUUGUUUAUGGAUGAGAAAAUUUAAUGUUUUGUACAAAAUUGUGAGAAAAAACAACCAUUUCACAAUAAAUUUUUUAUUAUUAUAUAUGACACUUUUACGAAUUAUAUUUAUCUUAAUUGUAUUUCUGGUCAUUAUUUUUCGUUCUGCUCUUUCGUAAAACAUAAAACCAUUUGGUUUCGUAAAUGUUUCAUCCUGAAAGUUGUUUUUCUAGUCUCUAUGAUGACUCUUGCAUAUUUAACCAUAACAUUUUAUGAACAAAUUUGCAUGAGUCUCAAGUUAUUUUGGAAGGUAUUUUGGUUACGGUAUUUAUAGAAAUUCGUUGUUAUUGAUCGUCAAAACUAUUGAUUGUUAAAAGUAUGGUUACUAUUUAUUUUUGUAAGUUACCGAACCAAAUGUGUUUCGGUUGUCAAUUAAAAAUACUUCCAAACGUAUUGAAUAAUUUACUUUGUUAACUUGCGUGAUUAUAGCGAUUCACAAACAAUUCAAACGAAAAAAUUGAGAAAAAUUCUGCUCAUUUUUCACAAACGAGGCCCGACACUUGUCUUUAUUUCUACAAUUAAAGGUGUUUUUGCUUUAACAUGUUGCACCUACCAAAAAUGGCACUUUGUUUGUAUGUGUCCCUGUUCCCUUUGGUGGAAAAGUCUUGUCUUGUUGUUUUUUUAUUUGCACUAAUGAUUGAUUUUUAUUUGUAUUUCUUUGAACGAAGACUGUAUUAAUGUUUGAUUGAGCCAGGAGCAUCAUUCCAGCAUCUCUCAUUCAGUCCAAAAUCUUUUAAGUCUUAAAAAGCGGUCCAAUGAAGCUAUUUGUGCAACAAAAAAAGAGGUGUACCAAAGUGUUAUAUGAUUACGAGUUUAUUAGUACGUUGUAUUAUAAUUCACUACAUCAUACUGGACUCAAGUUUGAGCAAAAAAAGAGAAAAUCUAUAUCCAAGAGCCCGUCUGUUUGCUGCUGCGAGUAUUUCUGAAGCAAUAACAACCAUGUGCUACUUCGCCACAAGCAUUACAUGACUUGAAAUGCACUGACCUUAAGUAUAUGAGAUCGAAUGAAUGUAGAAACUUACUUUGUGUGUUUGCUUCUGAGAUAUUAUAUGAAGUUUAUAACUUUUUAUUUGAUCCUGCUGCUGACGACGUUGUCCGCUUGAGCUUACUGUUGUAUAAUUGCUGAAUUGCCUUUUUUAUUCAGGGGCUUCUGAUGCACUAUUUGAGAAAAUGUACAUAAAAAAGUUCUUAUUGUUAUAUGAGUAACUAAUUAUUAAAGAGGUUUAGACUGUU